AUGGCUGCUGAUAGGCAGAGUGAGGCCGGGGGUGACAUGGCUGCUGAUAGGCAGAGUGAGGCCGGGGGUGACAUGGCUACUGAUAGGCAGAGUGAGGCCAGGGGUGACAUGGCUCCUGAUAGGCAGAGUGAGGCCGGGGGUGACAUGGCUGCUGAUAGGCAGAGUGAGGCCGGGGGUGACAUGGCUGCUGAUAGGCAGAGUGAGGCCGGGGGUGACAUGGCUGCUGAUAGGCAGAGUGAGGCCGGGGGUGACGUGGCAGCUUAUAGGCAGAGUGAGGCCAGGGGUGACAUGGCUGCUGAUAGGCAGAGUGAGGCCGGGGGUGACAUGGCUGCUGAUAGGCAGAGUGAGGCCAGGGGUGACAUGGCUGCUGAUAGGCAGAGUGAGGCUGGGGGUGACAUGGCUGCUGAUAGGCAGAGUGAGGCCGGGGGUGACAUGGCUGCUUAUAGGCAGAGUGAGGCCGGGGGUGACAUGGCUACUGAUAGGCAGUGUGAGGCCGGGGCUGACAUGGCUGCUGCUGAUAGGCAGAGUGAGGCCGGGGGUGACAUGGCUCCUGAUAGGCAGAGUGAGGCCGGGGGUGACAUGGCUGCUGAUAGGCAGAGUGAAGCCGGGGGUGACAUGGAUCCUGAUAGGCAGAGUGAGGCCGGGGGUGACAUGGCUGCUGAUAGGCAGACUGAGGCCGGGGGUGACAUGGCUGCUGAUAGGCAGAGUGAGGCCGGGGGUGACAUGGCUGCUGAUAGGCAGAGUGAGGCUGGGGGUGACAUGGCUGCUGAUAGGCAAAGUGAGGCCGGGGGUGACAUGGCUGCUGAUAGGCAGAGUGAGGCAGGAGACAUGGAGGUGGCAGAGAAGGAGAACAUUCCCCAGGAGGGCACUGCCCGACGUGUGUUCAGUAACAAGUAA